AUGUUCCUAACUUUUAUAUUCAUUUGGCACGCAUUCGGCUCCGCUUUCGGAUGUGUUGCAAAUCUAUUGCUUCUCUACGCAGUGAUUACAAAGACUCCGAAACAAACAAAGUCGUAUGCAACACUUAUUAUCAAUUUUGCCCUUACUGAUUUUACGGAAUGCUUGAUGGAUAUUUUUAUUCAAUUGAGGUUCAUAAUCCCUCCAUUUGAUGUCACUUAUAUUUAUGUGUUCCACGGGUUAUGUCAAUACACUGGUCCACUAUCUUGCAAAAUUGGAUUGAGUAUCUUCUACCACUGCUUCCCACAUAAUGUCUGGUCCCUCCUUUUAUCAUUUUCAUAUCGAUAUUAUGUGCUCCAUCAUCCGGUGAUACCGAGAAGAAUUUUAUCCUUGAUAAUACUAAUGAUCUAUAUUCCUUCAUUCAUCCAAGCGGUGAUCUAUUGGCCAACAAUUGCUGACCGAGAAACUAUUCUUCCACUAGCCAAUAAGUUCUUCCCGCAAUAUGACUUGGCUCACGUAGACGGUCUACUUGCUGGAAUUCCUACUAUAAAAGACUUUGCCUCAAUAUAUGUUAUCGCACAUCUUUGUGUUCCUAUCUUCCCGGUUUAUGUCGCAAUUUUUGUAUUGAGGCAUAAAGUGAUAAAAGAGUUGCUGAAGAAGACAGGGAUGUUAUCAAAAGAUGCAAAAUCUUAUCAUUCACAGAUAUUGAAGUGCCUCACAAUCCAAGCCAUCAUCCCUUUCAUCUUUGUCAUUGGAGUCCUAUCCUACCUAAGUGCCCAACUUGGAAUUUUCACUAAUCCUAUCCUAGAAUACUCUAUUUUUGCCUGCACCUUACCCAUGCCAAUGUUCUCUCCAUUCACUUAUCUUCUUUAUAUCAAACCUUAUCGGAUGUUUUGUGCAAGGUUAUUGAGACGGCGGAAAGAUGUGGAAACUUCACUGGUGGAACGGAGUAAACAAGUAUUCAGUAUUUGA